CAGAACCGGGUCUCGGAGAGCUCAGGGAGAUGCUGGUGGGUUCGUCUGUAGAAAACGCCUCUGUGUUCUCAGCUGAAACGGUUAUAUCUCGGUAUUACAAGUCUAAUUGUUAGUGUUGUACAUCCAUGACAACUGGAGCUAUGCUGGUUUCACUUUAAGACUGGCAAACAGCGCUUGUCGUAGCUUUCGAAAUCGCCAUUGUUGGGUUUAGCAGAGUGAUGAGGAGUGGAGAACGGAGCUUCCGGGGUAAAACAGCUAUCUGUAUGAAAUUUACCGAGGUGAUGAGCUCACGAAUCGAGGUGCUUUUAUUUAGAAUCCAUUGUUACCAGAGAUGAUAACGCUACAUUUCAGAAACUGAAGCGGAGCUGACACACCUGGGAUUUUUUUUUUCUAAAGCUGUUCCAGGCAUAUGCUUACAAAAGGCAAUUUUGGAAUACAUCGUGCCACCAAGAGGAAAUAUUUGCUGAAAUUAGUAAAAGAAGCCAUUUCAGUGGGUGUUAUUUCAUGGGGAUGUGUUCAAGGCAAGAGAGAAUACAGAAAGACGUCGACAUCGUAAUUCAAAGGUGUAAGGCAGAAAAAGACUGCCUUUUCUCUGAUUUCCGAUACACUGACGCCACGUUCACAUUCACAUACUCAAAGGGAUCCAGAAGGGUUUCCUACUCCGUGCAUGUCUCCGAUGAUUAUCCAGACAACACGUAUGUGUCCAACUCGGAAAACGACGAUGAAGUGCUAGUCAUGAGAGAUCCCAUUCCCGUUAUCUUCCACAGGAUCUCAGCAGAAAUCAGAUUCAGUAAUGACGCCACCAGCUGCCUCUCCAACAGAUCAAAGCUGCAGAUUGACAAAAGCCCGUGUCCUUAUGCCAUAGAAGAGGACUCUGAAGGGGACAAUGACUCUGAGGAGUUCUACUAUGGUGGACAGGUGAGUUAUGACGGCGAGCUCCACAAGCAUCCCCAGCUGGAGGCCGACUUGGCAGCGGUGAGGGAGGUGUACGGACAUCACGCAGUGUCUCUCAGGGAAUAUGGCGCCAUUGACGACGUGGACAUCGACUUACACAUAGACGUCAGUUUCCUGGAUGAGGAAAUAGCUCUGGCCUGGGAUGUCAUCAGGAUGGAGCCAGUCAUAGUGCGCCUACACUGCUCUCUGACUCAGUACCUGAAUGGCCCAGUUCCAACUGUCGACGUCUUUCAAGAGUCAAGGAAAGAGCGGUUUGGACUUGGACAUCAACUAAAAAAGAUCAUGCAGACGUUUGUCACCCAGCAGUGGAAGCACCAGGGCAAGGAGAAGUUGAACUGCCCCCACGGCAAGAAGCCCAGCGAUAAGAAGGUCAAGUCCCCACUGCACAUCUUCUCCACCCUGCGCAGGUCGCCCAGCUACCCGCCUCCUGGCUGCGUCAAGAGCAAGAAGAAGCUGAAACCUGAGCAAGAUGGUGUCUCCAAGUCCCACCGCCUACUGCGCCGCACCUGCUCCGGCGCCGUCAAGUCCGGAGGAGACUCCACUGACGGCUGCGCUGGAGGAGGACGCUCCCAUCGUCUCCUGGGCUCCUCCCUGUCCAGCGACCCCCGACUGGAGCACCCUCACCCCCAUCCGCCCCCACCACACCUCCAUCCACAUCCACAUCCGCAUCCGCACCAACAUCCCCACCCUCACCCACACCCACACCCGCACCCCACUCCCUCCUCCCUCCUCAAGCCACAUCGCCUCCUCCCGCGGCCCUGCUCUGGCUCUGACUGCACCUCCUCCUCCGCCUCACCCCCGCCGCCCCUGCCUCCGCCCAGGCCCCAGAAGCCUCUGCCGCGCUCCUGCUCCGGGGACCCGCACGGAGACCAGCAUGGCCCCAUGGACAGCCCAGGAGGAGGUGGUGGAGGAGGUGGCAUGGGCAGCGCCCUGAAGCCCCAUCGGCUGCUGAGUCGCUCCUGUUCGGGUAGCGUGCGGGUGGCAGAGGACGGCCUGGGCCACCACCACCGGCUGCUCAGUCGGUCUUGCUCCAGCAACACGCGUGUGGGCCACGCAGACUCGCAUCCCUUCGGGAAGGAGACGUCGGGGGGAGGUGGUGACGGUGGUGGUGGUGGAGGUGGCAGGAGGCUCUCGCUUACGUCUGGCCUGAUUGGAAUACUGGCGCCAUCACUGUCCACGCCACCUACGGUAAGGCCCCCGAACAAUGUGGCCAAGAUCAUACCGGUGCGCGAUAAAGGCUUCCUGGUUCAGACGAUGGAGUAUGCCCAGCAGCGAAUCCCGGUCCUAAACGAGUUCUGUGUAGUCUGCGACGAGCCGCAUGUCUUCCAGAACGGACCCAUGCUCAGACCCACAGUGUGUGAGCGAGAGCUCUGUGUGUUCGCCUUCCAAACGCUGGGUGUCAUGAACGAAGCUGCUGAUGAGAUCGCAACUGGAGCCCAAGUUGUGGACCUGCUGGUGUCCAUGUGCCGGUCGGCUCUGGAGUCCCCGAGGAAAGUGGUGAUCUUUGAGCCGUACCCCUCGGUGGUGGACCCCAACGACUCCCAGGCCCUGGCCUUUAACCCGCGGAAAAAAGACUAUGAUCGAGUGAUGCGAGCCCUGGACAGCCUUACAUCAAUCAGAGAGAUGACCCAGGCGCCUUACCUGGAGAUUAAGAAGCAAAUGGAUAAGCACGACCCACUAGCUCAUCCACUCCUGCAAUGGGUCAUAUCCAGCAACAGGUCCCAUAUCGUCAAGCUUCCAGUAACCAGACAACUGAAGUUCAUGCAUACCCCGCACCAGUUUCUCCUGCUCAGUAGCCCACCUGCCAAAGAGUCCAACUUCAGAGCUGCCAAAACCCACUUUGGAAGCACUUUCGCUUUCCACGGAUCUCAUAUAGAGAAUUGGCACUCAAUUUUGAGGAAUGGCUUGGUUGUGGCAUCUAAUACAAAACUCCAGCUCCAUGGCGCCAUCUAUGGGAGUGGAAUUUAUCUUAGUCCUUUGUCGAGCAUAUCCUUUGGUUACUCAGGGAUGAAUAAGAAGCAGCAGAAGGUUACAUCAAAGGAUGAAUCUUCUACAGGCAGCAAGACAAACCUUCACUUACAGUCACAGAAGAAGGGACAGCAGCCACAGUUUCUGCAAAGCAGAAACCUGAAGUGCAUAGCCUUGUGUGAAGUCAUCACUUCUCAGGAUCUGCACAAACAUGGCGAUAUCUGGGUGGUACCAAACACAGACCACGUCUGUACAAGGUUUUUCUUUGUCUAUGAAGAUGGCCAGGUGGGUGACACAAGCAUCAACACACAGGACCCUGGCAUACACAGAGAGAUCCUGCGAGUCAUUGGCAACCAGACAGCAACGGGUUGAAUGAAUAAGAAAUGACCCAAUGCAAUACUGCUGCUGUCCUGGACCCAUCGUCUGUUGGGCAAAAACUGGCAGUUUGAGCAGAGAGAAGGAGCUAUAACAUUUUGACAUUGUUUUGGUUUUGGUAUGUAAGAAAUAUUGAAAAUAUUAGAGGGAAACAGGAAAAGUUACACUGGUCAUAUCUCUACAUCACCUCGAAUGUGAAAGAUCUACUUUCCUAUGUUUAUAAAUAGUAUGAUGAUUAAUAAAAGCGGUUCUGUUUCUGGUAA